AUUCAAUAUGAAGGGAAGGUUUGGGGAGGAUUGAGGGGUUACGUCAACCAGGGGAGGGAAGUGGAAGAUAAUCUGAUUAAAGUGAAUUUGGUUCAAGUUGGGGCUUUUAACAGCAGGUUCUACACUCAGGCACAAGUAGCCGUCCACAGUGGACCUCGUCAUCAUUCACUAGGAAAGCAGCAGAGCAACAGCCAACAUGCCAGCUGAUUUGAACGGAUAUUGGAAAAUGAUUUCCAAUGAUAACUUUGAGGAGUAUCUUAAGGCUCUUGAAGUUAACAUUGCCAUCAGGAAAAUUGCCACCUUGUUGAAGCCUGACAAGGACAUUGUCCACAAUGGGGACCACAUAAUCAUCAAAACCCUCAGCACCUUCAAAAACUACAACAUGGACUUCCAUGUGGGCAAAGAGUUUGAGGAGGAUCUGUCUGGAGUGGAUGACAGGAAAUGCAAGACCACCGUCACCUGGGAGGGGGACAAGCUGGUGUGUGUGCAGAAAGGAGAGAUUGAAGGGAGAGGCUGGACCCACUGGGUGGACGGAGAUGAGCUUCAUCUGGAGCUGAGAGCUGCAGGUGCUGUAUGCAAGCAGGUCUUCAAGAAAACCUAAGCUGGCAUUUAUUGGACGAGAUGGUGUCCCCGACUGACAUCGGCUUACAGAGACGCUCCACACCCAUGCCUCCAACGCACCAUCCAACUUUCCCUUUGGUCAUUUGUAGGCUACAUCUCUCCAUGUGUCCAUCUACCCAUGUGAAACACACAUUUAUUUUUCAUUCAUACUGUUGCCAAAGCCAAUUCAAAGGGGCGAGUCAGUGUGUAUCAUGUAACAUCACAAAAUGCAAUACUGUAAAUAUGUCUCAGGGCAAGUGCUCUUUUAAUUACCAAGUUUAGAUGUGUUGAAGCAUACCGCUAUUGUAGGUGUUGCUGAUCUGACAGGUGAGCCAGAUUGAUAACGCAAUGCUCUGCCUCAGAAAAGUAAUGGAUGGCAGUGAAGAGAAGAGAGCAGUGGGUUCAUCCCAUUUUAGUUCUUUGAGUCAUUGCUGUGGAUGGAAAAAGAUGAAAAUGUUUGUGUGGGAGGGUUGUAAACUUCUUUGCUACGGAUGCUUAGUCUCAAGAAUGGAUAUUAAAUGUGAUGUGUGUCUUUGUCCCUCCCAGUUCAUUUGGGAAUGUGCCAUUGGUAGUAAAAUGAAUCAAUCAAUAAAGUACACAGUAAUCAA